GUGUACUUGUUGCUCUCUCUCUCUCUCUCUCUCUCUCUCCUUCUCCCCACCUCCCUCUCUCUCUCUCUCUCUGACCUUUGGCCCAGGGUUCUCUGUAGAACCUGUAUAAACUGGGAGACCUGUCAGUGUCUGCCUCUGCUCUAUCGCCAUGGCGCGUCAGGCACUGGUCACCAGUAAGUGGCUGGCGGAGGCUGUGGGCGCUCAGGGGAAAGUGCGCAUCUUGGACGCGUCCUGGUAUUUGCCGAAAGUGCGGCGCAGCGCCCGCAGCGAGUUCGAGAGGAGGCACAUCGCGGGCGCUUCUUUCUUUGACAUCGACCAGUGCUGCGACAGAACCUCUCCUCUGGACCACAUGCUGCCGCCAGAGAAGCUCUUCGCAGACUACGUGGGGAACCUGGGGAUAGAGAACGACACGCACGUCGUGGUGUACGACGCCAGCGAGUUCGGUGCGUUCUCUGCGCCCCGAGUGUGGUGGAUGUUCCGGGUGUUCGGGCACCGCGCGGUGUCGCUUCUCAACGGGGGCCUCAGGAACUGGGAGCUGGACGGCCGACCCGUCAGUGGCAAGUACCGGAGACCGGAACCCAGCGAGUUCAAGGCCUCUCUGACCCGGACCUGGGUCAAGACCUACGAGGACAUGCUGGAGAACCUUGACACCAAGGAGUUCCAGGUGGUAGAUGCCAGGCCCCUGGGCCGGUUCCGAGGACUGGACCCUGAACCGAGAGACAACACGGAGCCCGGCCACAUCCCCGGCUCUAUCUGCGUGCCUUUCAACUCCUUCCUGUCCACGUCGGGUCACUUCCUGCCCAAGGAGCAGCUCCAGACUGUGUUCGGCCGGGCGGGAAUCGACCUCGCUCGCCCUCUUUGCAUCCUGUGCGGCUCGGGGGUGACCGCGUGUCACGUGGCGCUUGCGGCCCACGAGUGUGGGAACCCGGAGGCGUCGGUGUACGACGGCGGCUGGUCGGAGUGGUACACCCGCGCUGCGCCCGAGCACGUCAUAUCCGAAGGACGAGGGAAGCACUUGUGAUUGGCUGAGAAGUACAGGUCGUGUGGUGGGUUGGAGACUGGGAUCAGACUGGGAUCAGACUGGGACUGACUGACAAGAGAUGAAGGAGGAUGUUCUUUGAUUGCUGGCGGGGGGGGAAGUGUUUAAAGGAAUAGUUUUACAAUGUGGGAAACACUUGUUGUCUGAUCUUAACCAAGGUUGGAUUAAAAGAUUGAUUCCUCUCCUAACUUGCUUUAUACUGUAUGAAGCUACAACUAGCAGCUUGUUAGCUUAGCUUAGCACAAAGACAGUUGGCCUGGGUCUGUCCAAAGAAGCUAAACUCCACCCACCAGCACAUCAGAGGGAGAUUUGACACCUGCAUCGUCGGGCCCGGACCUUUGUGGUCUCAGUCCGGAUCAAACUGAGUCAGGGUUCAGUUCUUUUGCAACGUGAAAACACUUUUUGGGAUAAACGAUGGAACAAAGACGUGAAGCUUGAUUCAGACCUCCCGAGUUUAAAAUGAUUAUUUACUCACAUAAAUGUGAAAUCUUUGAGCUCACAGAUGAACGUUGAUAAAGUGUUGGUAUCAAAAUCCUCUGUUUGAGUUCCCAACAUGUGAAACUAUUUCUUCAACAGUGAAAUAUAUAUAUAUAUAUAUAUAUAUAUAUAUAUAUAUAUAUAUAUAAAUACAUUAAGUACAUAAAUAUACAAUAGAUGAUUCAGCUGAAGAGCCAGUAAUUUGUGACCAAUUAACUUUUUAUAAAUUUGGAAAAGAUUUGUUUACAGCUACAAUGCUUGUGUCUAAUAAAACACUUUGAAUCACAACGAGUCGAUAUUAA